AUGGUGCCCCUGCUGCUGCUGCCCCUGCUGUGGGGGGGGUCCCUGCAGGAGUAUCCAGGGUACCAGCUCCAACUGCCAGAAUCAGUGACUGUGCAGGAGGGUUUGUGUGUCCUCGUGCUCUGCUCCUUCUCCUACCCCUGGGAUCCGGUGAAUCCCCCUGGUGAACUCUACAUCUACUGGUUCCGGGAUGGGGGUUACCAGCGCUACCCUAUGCCUGUGGCCACAAACAACCCAGAGCAACAAGUGGAUACAGAGACCCAGAGCCGAUUCCGCCUCCUCGGGGACCCCAGGACCAACAACUGCUCCCUGAGCAUCAGAGACGCCAGGAGGAGCGAUACAGGCAUCUACUCCUUCCGAUUGGAGGGAGGAUAUUAUGUGAACUAUAGUUACAGAGAUAAGAAGCUGCAUUUGCAGGUGACAGGUACAGCAGGGGCCCCAGGAGAGGACCCUGGGAUGUGGAGACACUCAUCUUAGACAGAACAUUGGAACAUUCCCUGCUCCAGGCAUUGGGCUGGGCUGGUCAGAGGGAUACAGGACCAGGGUCAGUUCAGACCCUGAGGCUCUGGUCCCUCUCAGGGUCACACCCUGGGUCCCCACCCCCCUGGGGCCCAGGCAUCUCUCUGUCUCCUCCUCAGGCCUGACACAGAAACCUGACAUCCACCUUCUGGAGCCUCUGGA